GGCUCGCUCUGCUCACUGCUGUGUAGCCUACAAGUUUCAAAAGCGAGCGGUUUCCACCAGAUUUUCGGUGCCAUGGCUAUUUUGCGUCGUCUUGGAGCGCUAAGGUUGACAGAUGGAGUUGAAGCUACCUCAACUGUCAUUUCUGGAGUAGUUUAACGGGGCUAAAGUGAGGCGUCCUGUCACUGCUCGCAUAAUGAAGUUGAACCGCUGAAGUCAGUUGCAGACUGGCUUGGCAAAUGUCACUAUGGAGAGAAAACAUGAGAACUGCAGCCCCUUCAUACCAAGACAGAAUGCUUUGAGGAAGACAAGUGCAGAAAUUGUGAGUGAAGCCAGGCAGUCCCUGCGAGCCCCUUCAACCCAGCGACCAUUUACUCCUAGAGAUGGACACAGGCAGCUGUUUGGACAGAGAUCUGGCCGUACAAAUCGUGACAACAGGCCUCCAUCAACCUUUAGUCUUCAUGCUCAAAAUUUUGAUGCUCCUGACUCUAGGCCAGGUUCAGGGACUCACCUUUCUCCUCUUGAUCAUAAGCCGAAGUUUCCAGUCCACUGCGAUGAUGAAGAUCCAUUGAAGGCCUUUCCCAAACCCCCCACUAACCCACUGGAAACAAAGAGGGGGUUGGCAGGGGCACGGGCACGACUUCUCCGAGUUGGAUCUCUCACUACAUUACCUCCUGUAGAGGGGAAAACAGAUGUGAAACAGAAAUUGAACCCAGGCCUGGGACAAAAGCAGCCUUCAGCCCAAAGACUCCCCAGUUCAGACCACACCGAGGUCCUCGGUGGUCCCCCCAAACCCGGCCCACGCAGAGCCGCGAGUGAAAGCAGAAUAAAACAGACUGGUGAUGACUCAGAAGUUGGACCCACAGAGGGUAGACCAGGACAGAGAACAGAUCCUGGGACCGGAGAGAACACCACAAGCACAGAGGAGGAUGCAAGGGCAGUGAUGUGGAAUAAUGUGAUUGCUCCUCUUCUGCAACAACUAGAGAGCGUGGCUGCAGUGUCUGUGCCAGGCUCUGCAGACUCGGUGGAGCACUUAUGUGAUUUGUGCGACCGUCUCCACAGCUCCUUGGCAGAAGCGGACAUGCUCGGCCGACGCUGUAAGAGGAGGUCAGGGAUACUACGAGCGCUGUUUCGUCUCAUAGACCUCAACUCUGCCCAGCUCAACCUGCACAUCGCGAAGCUCUGCCUUGCUCUGGGUGUCAGCGGGAACAAUCUGCUCAACAUCUGUAAGCUUGUCUUUCAGAUCAGCCGCAGUGAAAGCAAUGACGUCCUCUUCCAGAAUGACUCCAUCAUAGACUUGCUCCUGGGCAUUUUGAGCAGCGAGGAUGUGUCUGCAUCUGGGGAAGCUCUGCUAUACUCUGUCGGAACUCUGAAAUUUCUCUCAGGAAACAGUGCAAUCGUCAGACUCCUGCUUGACAAAAACUGUAUUGGCAUUUUUCAGAAACUCAUCCAGAGACUCUGCAAAGUAAACGAAACCAGCUUCGCUGGGGCAGGUCACAUCCUUGUGCAGCUGACAGCGACCUUGAGGAACCUUGCAGAUCACCCAGAUUCUCGCCCACUCUUCGUCUCCUUCUCUGUACUCUCAGAGCUCUGUGUGGUGCUGCAUCAUCACCGGAAAGAUCAGGACAUCUGCACCAACAUAUCCAGAAUAUACAGUAAACUCUCCUCUUACUCUGAAUGCCGUCUUGCUCUGGCCCAGACCCCCGACUGCUACCAAGUAUUUUUAGAUCUGCUGAGCAAACAUCACCAAAAACAGGACCUGGUUGUGCGCCUUCUCUUUACCCUUGGGAACCUCACAGCCAAAAAUGACGAGGCUCGCCAGCAGCUGUAUCAGUGCGAGGGUUGCAUGGACACACUCCUGCAGCUGUACGACCACUACCAGCACAGACAUAACUCCACAGAGAUGCAACAGAGAGGUCCCCAUUCUCCCAGAAAACCCUCUUCUACACUGCAGGAGGACGAGGACGUGCUGGUGAAGCUGGUCAGGGUGCUGGCUAACAUGUGCAUCCACCCAGCUGUGGGUCCAGCUCUGACAAAUAACGCCACCUGCAUUAAGCUGCUGAUGGAGACACUGGAGCUAAGGAGUGUGCAGGAAAGUGAAGAGCUGUUAGUGAAUGUGGCUGCCACCAUCAACAACCUGUCCUACUACCAGGAGGAAAACUCUGUGCUCAGACACCAUCAACUCACCAUCGCAAAGUUGGUGUUGAAGCUGUUUCUCAGCUCGAGUAUGGACGCAGUGCUGGAGGCCACACGUGUUUACGGAAAUUUGUCCCAGUCAAAGGAUGUACGGGACUAUAUAAUGCAAAACAAAGUGCACCAGUUUCUAGUGAUGCUGCUUGACUCAAAAAGCACUGAGAUGUGUUUUUCAGCCUGUGGGGUCAUCACCAACCUGGCUCCUGACACUCCCAACAGGGUCAAGCUCUCGCUGGAGGGAGCUGCUGCCAAGCUCGUGGACUGUCUGAAAGACUUGGGGCCCAGUGAUUGGCAGCUGGCGGGUCAGGUCUGUCAGGCACUGUGGAACAUGACGGGCGGAGGGAAGGAGAAGCUGCUGGGCACCACAGAGGCAGAGUCGCUGCUGGAGAUACUUAUUACGUACUCAGAUGAAGAAGAGGCUCUGAGAUGGAUUCAGAAUGAAGACUUGAGAGACUACCACAAAGCAUGUUGGGAAUUGGAGUUUCUUCCUGUUGCUACAAAACUGAUAAAGACACUACAGCAUCCAGACAUGGCAGUAUGAAAAAUACGGGACAUGGAGUUUAAGCUCCUGUUAGGUUUGUUUGUUUUGUUUUUUUGGCUGGAAAUGAAAUCUACUAAAACAAAUGAAUAUUGAUGCCACCUAACGAAACACAAAAGCAAACCAGAUCAAAAUAAUAAAAGAGAUGGAUCAUUUCAAGUACUGACUUUAUUUGUCUGCCAUUAAUGCUGUGUGGUAGGCAACUGACAGCACAAAACUAGAGAAGCUCUCUUUAUUUUUCUAAAGCAUUGAAGAUUGAUAGUGAAGUGAAUGUUAAACAUUUAAAAUGUGUUUUUUUUAGUUAACACCAUAAAUACAUGCACAGGAAAAGAUUAGCAAAGAGAUAAAUUACCCUACUUUACCACAGGAGGCCAACUAAAUGAUGGUUUUAUUUUUCAAUUAAAGUCCCUCUAUAGUGAAAUCCAAAAUGUGUCUUAACACUCUAGAUAUGUUAGCAUAAGGUUGCUGUAAAAAUGUGAAAACACUGAGAUCUACAUGUGACUGAUUUUUUUAUUUAGACUAUUAGAAAUUUGUUCACCCUUUCCUGGCUCGGUUAAAUUUGAGCAAGGCAAAAAUCUGAGCCAUAGCGUCACCAGUCUUGAUGAGGAAUUACCCAGCCCCCCAACGCUAAAAUGAUGUAAAAUCACAGAGCAGUUCAUCUCAGUACAGUCUGUUGUUAGCCGAUGUCACUGCCUUCAUCAAAUUAACAACCAGCCACAUGCUGGGUUUUUGUUCAUUGUGAGGUAAAUUUCCUAAAUCUAUCAGCCACUUCGGCCUACAGAUCAUUAAAAGCACCACAACAGAGAGAUUUGUACAAAAAACCAGGCAAUUUAAUCCCUAACUUCCUACUUGUGAGUGGCCUUGGCUUCAGCUCAUUCAACCGACACGCCCAUACCAUCCUAGAGCAGAUUUUUUUAUGAUUUCAAAGCUUAAGUUUCUUAUCUGAGAGAUGUUUUUCAUGACUGAAAUAUUGCCUGGUGGUUUAUAACACGGUGGCCUGUCAUACAACAAACUUAAAAUAAUAACUUUUUUUUAUCACUUAACAGGGACUUUAAAGCUGAAUAUUGAUGUUACUUCUAAUGAAACUUUCUACAGUUAAUAAGCCCUCAAAUAAGAUGCAUUUUAUUAUAUUCAAUAUGAACAUUCUAUUCAAAUGAAACACUGCAAAGGUUCAAAUUUUUGCACGUGUGACUAGUUUAUGUUGAGACCAACUUUCAAUUUAUUUUGUCCGAGGUUGGACUUAAAGUAGUUUAGUCAGUAGUAUUACACAAUUAAAACCAUUUUAGCAUCAAAACAGUGAGACAAACAUUAUUACAACAUUAACCUGCAACAGUUUUCUUAACUCUCUCCUUAUUGUUAAUAUUUAUCAAAAUAUUUAAUUCAAGUUUACAUAAGCCACCUUCACCUCACAUGUCAAGGUGACAAAAAAAAAAACAAGCUCAGUUGCUUGUAAUCGAUAAGAAAAACUACAGAAGGAACAUUUAUUAAAUCAUUGUCAGAUUUCUAGAUGUGCCUCAGGCCUUAUUUUUGUUUGUGCUCUCUUGCUAUAAGAUCUGUGGAUUUUUUAGGUGAAUGUGACUUGGAUAAGAUGUACUGACACAGAAAAUAAUUUAAAAAAUAAAAUAAAUACUGAUUUGAGUGUCUGCAGUACAGGCGCCUUUUAAUGAAUACAGCUGCUUUAUGUAUUUUAAAUGGAGCUGAGUAAAUGUAAAACAAAAAACUACUGUAAAAAUAAAUUAAUUUUAUUGAGCUGAAUGUGUGCCUUUUUAUAGCUGCUGGUUUCCUCCUUGUCUUUCUAGUAGCAGCAGCUGUAGUCUCUUUUUAUGUAUUUUAUUUGUUAUGCACUUUAACUUGUUUGUCCUUAAUCUUUCCGUGUACAGGGAUCAUUUGAUACAAGCUCUUUGCACAUUUGUAUAACAGACUUGAUCUGUUUUGUACGCACACUGUAUUGUAAAGGUUCUUUUAUGAUGAUGUACUCUUAAAACCAACCUGUGAUCGACCUCAUAAAGAUAUCUUUUAUUGUCGGUGGAUUGUGUGACUUGGAACUUGAGAUAAAUAAAGUACAAAAAUAAAAAACAGUUUUUUGUUUUGUUUUGUUUUGUUUGCUUCUUGAAGCCUUUAUUGGUACACAGAUAUGGGGCCAGGCAGUGCUUACAAGUUACACCAAGUAGCCUAAAGUACAGCAUUUCAAAAAUCACAUCUUUAUUACAUCAAAACAAGUCAGAAACGGCACUUAAUGUAAAAACCGUCAGUGUCAAUUCCCCCAGUUUUCACACACUAGUGACAACCACAAGACAAGCUGAUGUUUAAAAGUCUCUAAACAAACUCAAUAGCCAGAGCAAGUAACAAACAUUGUUCUCAACAUUUUCUUUUUCAGGUUGAUAUGAAAGACAGUUGACUGGCUGAUAUCAAGGUUGUUUUAGAUAUAUUUCCUAUUCCGUUUAUCGCAUGGGAAAGUCACUGAAACAUGAAGGCAGUUUGGUCAGUGGGGGUAACGCUGAGGUUGACGGACAGGCCUGUGUGGCCUAGAUGGGAAAUCACCCUGAAUAUCUGACUGAUAAGAAGCCUUAGCACGGAAAAGACAGCACUUUUCCAGCAAGGUGUGACAUGGAGAGAAAGGUACGAGGAAUUCCUCCCUUAUCUCGGUGUGAAUGUUGGUCAACAGGAGCAAAGAGAAAUUUUGACCUGCACCUGCACCACAGGUACAGGGAAGAAUACCAGAUUCCCUGUGAGUCAUACAGUUGUCAAGCUUGUACAGUAAAAUGAUUGACAUGAAAGUCCCUGGACAAACUGAACUGUUCCCCUGAGCUCAGCUUGAUGAAGUCAGCUUUAUGAUCACACAGCUGAGUGUACUUUGGAACAUAAGGUGAUGGAGUAACACUUUAAUGAGUCAUCUUUUUGCAUAAGAGCAGUCAGAUAUGCUUGUUAUUUAGCAUGGGUUAAUUCUCAAAACACUUGUGCAACCAAGCGGAUGGUGACGAUGAUUGUGCUGUGACUGCUUAGAAUCGUGAAUCAUGGCGGCCUCUCCACAUCUCAGUACAAUCUCUCUGAUGACGUAAUGAAAUCAAGUUUAGGAGAAAACUACGAAUAAUACACAACAAUUUAAUAUCAUAGUUUAUUUUUUUCAUCUUUUUUCAUAUAAAAAAGUGUCAGUAACUGACAUCAGUCAGAAGUUUGAAAAAAAAAACCUCCACUUCCUCUCAAACCACUUUCAAAUGUACCAUUCCUUUAUCCUCCUCCUCCUCACUCAUUCAUCUGUCUGAUUCUCUCAACCCACCCUCAGAAGAAUGCAGUAUUUAACUGGUUUUAGUAAACAUAAAAACAAAACAGCAGAGGUUUCACACCUCUUCAAAAUAAAAUUAAAAAACAAACAAAAGCUGCUUUUGCACUGGUUAGACUUCCCCAGCAGGGAAAUAAGCACAGCUACGACCAGAGUCGGCCCUGUGUGGGCACGCCACAUCCCCCAGCAAUGGGAACGCAGCAGCCCGGAAAGAGUCUCUGCUCACCAAAGAGCACUUCUUAAAUGUUUUCUAGAGAAAAACAGAAGAGGUAUUCAUUUACUGGUAAAAUUCACAAUCCAAAGCUUCGAAAGUGUUAGGGUAACCAG